ACCUGCCAUUUACACAGGAGAACGAAAUCCUUCUCUCUCUGCAAAAGAGAGUUUCGACCUUCUUCCAUGGUUUCUUCUCUUUCCGUUCGUCGCAGUUGUUCCCACUCUCAAAACCGUUGCAUCUGAAAAAGAUAAAACCCUAAAAACCGAAAGAGAGAGAGAGGAAAUAAAAUAUAGGGUUAGAGUUAGGAUGGCGAGAAGAACGCUACCUCUCAUCCACCACCUCCUCCGAAAACCCUCUCCUCCUUCUCUAGGGUUAGGGUUUGAUCAGACCAGCGUCCGAUCCGUCACCUACAUGCCUCGCCCCGGUGACGGAGCCCCCCGCGCCGUAACCCUAAUUCCCGGCGACGGCAUCGGACCGCUGGUGACCGGCGCCGUACAGCAGGUGAUGGAGACAAUGCACGCUCCAGUAUACUUCGAGUCCUACGAUGUCCACGGCGACAUGACGCGGGUUCCGCAGGAGGUGAUCGACUCGAUCCGGAAGAACAAGGUCUGUCUCAAGGGUGGCCUGGCCACCCCGGUCGGCGGUGGUGUCAGUUCCCUCAACGUGCAGCUCCGGAAGGAGCUUGACCUCUAUGCGUCGCUCGUCAACUGCUUCAACCUUGAGGGGCUCCCGACAAGGCACGAGAAUGUUGACAUCGUUGUGAUCAGGGAGAACACAGAGGGCGAGUACUCUGGGCUCGAGCAUGAGGUCGUCCCUGGCGUUGUUGAGAGCCUCAAGGUGAUCACAAAGUUCUGUUCAGAGCGAAUUGCUAAGUAUGCAUUUGAGUAUGCUUACCUUAACAACAGAAAGAAAGUGACAGCCGUACACAAGGCCAACAUUAUGAAACUUGCAGAUGGUCUCUUUCUAGAAUCUUGUCGAGAGGUUGCUACAAAGUAUCCUGGGAUAAAGUAUAAUGAGAUUAUUGUGGAUAACUGUUGCAUGCAACUUGUUUCGAAGCCUGAGCAAUUCGAUGUCAUGGUGACGCCAAACCUGUAUGGAAAUCUGGUGGCAAAUACGGCAGCAGGUAUUGCGGGAGGCACUGGUGUCAUGCCCGGAGGUAAUGUUGGCGCCGAUCAUGCCGUAUUCGAGCAAGGUGCUUCGGCAGGCAAUGUGGGGAAUGAGAAUAUAGUGGAGCAGAAGAAGGCGAACCCGGUUGCCUUGCUUCUGUCAUCCGCGAUGAUGCUGCGGCAUUUGCAGUUCCCUUCUUUUGCUGAUCGGUUAGAAACUGCUGUCAAGCGCGUGAUAGCAGAAGGCAAGUACCGGACCAAAGAUCUUGGUGGAAGGAGCACCACCCAAGAAGUUGUUGAUGCGGUCAUUGCGGUAUUGGAUUGAUGCCUAGGCUAUCUACUCUUUAAAUCAUUUUUCAUCUGAAAGGUAGUAAGGUAAAUUGCCCAUCCAUGAUUUCAUUCCUUGCUUUUUAGAGCUACAAUAACUUACAAGCCUUUCAGGUUUGGGCAAACUGGAAAACAAAUUUUUUUUUCCAGAAUAAUUGAGUUCUUUUUUGUUAAACAAAAAAAUCUUAAUCGACGGCAAUGUGAAGUGUGUAAAUAAAGCUUAAUACAAUUUGAUGUUUGUUUUGCUUGCA